AUGUCCACCCAAGACAUUGCGCCUGAAAACACAGCCGCUGAGGCUACCGAUCUGCCAGAGACCAGGGCCGAUGGCAAGGCGUACAUCGACGACGACGGCGCUCCUUGCGACGACGACAAGGAUGCCGAGGUGGACGACGGAUCGAGCGUCGAAAUGGAGUCGUCCGACGACGAGCGGCUGAACGUGAACGGCGGAUGGCCCGAGGACCCCAACGACUUUGACCGGGUGGCGUACGAGGAGUUGGACGAGGACGCGCAGCUCGACUGGGGUGUCGAGGACGAGGACUGGGAGCUCGCAGACGGCGACUUUACAAAGCAGUACAACCGUGUGCGCCAGGCGUACGGCGCUGCCGACACUCCUGCUGGCCCAUCGCGCUCCAACGCCGGACCGGCCGUUUCCCGCCCCUUGCCUGCGCGCAACGCCAAUGCCGCUCGCGCACACCGCUCGGCUCCGGCGUCGGCGGGUACGACAGGCAAGAACAUUGUCAACCCAGCUGUCAUGCUUGGUGGUGUGGCUGCCAACCCCAAGAGUGCCUUUGACCGUGCCAAUCAAAAGGACAAGGCCGACCGCGCAACCCACGAGCAGGUUCUGGACGCCCGUACGCGUCUCGUCCUGUCUGCGCUCGUCAACAGGGGAUACUUUGGUGUCAUUGACGGUGUUGUCAGCACCGGAAAGGAGGCCAAUGUCUACCUCGCCUACAAGGGCGAGAACCCCCCGGCCGUGCCAUCGCCGUACCCGGACACCAUCGCCGUCAAGAUUUACCGUACUUCGAUUCUCAACUUCCGCGCGCGCCAAAACUACAUUGUCGGCGAGCACCGGUUCAAGGGCGGCUACUCGGCGGCCAAGAACCCGCGCAAGAUGGUCCGUCUGUGGGCCGAGAAGGAGCUGCGUAACCUGCGCCGUUUGGUGCAGGGCGGUGUGCGCGCCCCCAUUGUCAUUGAGCAGAGGGAGAAUGUGCUCGUGAUGGAGUUCCUUGGUAUCGGUGGAACCGCCUCGCCUCGUCUCAAGGACGCCGACAUUUCAAAGUCCAAGCUGCCGCGACUGUAUGGUGAGGCCCUCGUCUCCAUGCGCAGGAUGUACAACCAGUGCAAGCUCGUGCACGCCGACUUGUCCGAGUACAACAUUCUCUACCACGCCAACCACCUGUACAUUAUCGACGUGUCGCAGUCGGUCGAGCACGACCACCCUUCGGCAUUCGACUUUCUCCGUUCCGACAUUCGCAACAUUGAAGACUACUUUGUCAAGCGCUCCUCGGGCGAGGUGCGCACCCUGGGCCUGCGCCGCGCGUGGAAGUUUAUCGUCGACGAGAGCGUCGGCCUCACCCGUGAAGAGGAGGAGGGUGACGAAGGCGAGGCAAAGCUGCUGGACGUGCUCCGCGCGUGGCUGGACGAGCCCGAGCCCGAGCUGGUCAUGGGCGCCGAGGUUCUCGCCGGCGGCGCUUCCGAGGGCGGGUCCUCGACAACAGCAGUCACUACCGACGGCGCCGCUUCCGCAUCGACGACUCUUUCCGCGGGCGAAGCACAGGCCGCCGCCGCCGCCCAGGCCAAGGCCAAGAGCGACGUCGACGACGCCGUCUUCUUCUCGUCGUAUAUCCCCCGCUCGCUGGGCGAGGUGUACGACCCGGAGCGCGACGUCGCCCUCCUGCGCGCCGGACACGGCGACAAGCUCAUUUACGCCGGCAUCGCCGGUCUGAGCCUCGGCGGCGACAAGCCUGCCGCUGCCGCUGCUGCUGUCGAGGAGGUCGCGGUUGAGGAGCCUGUGGCCAAGGACGAGGUCAUCGAGGCAGCCGAGGUGCCGUCCGCCUCCCCCGCCGUCGACGCCACCGCGGCCGACAAACCAGCCGCUGCCGCCGUGGUCGAGGACCAGGACAAGCCCAAGAUCAAGAAGAAGGGUGUCCACUUUGAGGACGACUUGCCCGAGUCUGAGGAGGACGACGACCAGGCUGAGGACGACGAAGUGCACGGCCGCAAGUCGCGCGGAUUCCGCAAUGAGGACAAGGAGGCCAACAAGGAACGCAAAAAGGCACUCAAGGAGGAGGCGCGCGAGAAGCGCAAGAACAAGAUGCCCAAGUCUGAGAAGGCUCGUCUGAUCAAGAAGUCGAGCGGAAGGAGUUAG